AUGUUUUCCAGAAUCAACACCCGUGCGGCCUUGCGUGUCGCCAGAAGAUUCCAAUCACAUGCUGCUGCUGUGGAGGAGAAGGCUGCUCCCUUCAACAACAAAUACAACUUCAACAUAGACCCUCCUCCAGUGCACCAGUACUGGAACAUCAGGAACGCAUCUGUUCUCUUUGCAUUUGUGCCACUUUACAUCGCUGUCGGGUACUUGGGUAAGUACACUGGUUCCGAGUUGAGUGGAUUUGAGGGCUUGUUGGAGUUUGCAGACCUGGAGAAGUCUCCAUUGAAGGAGCUCAAGUUUGGAGAGGCCCAGAAGUAA